GCUAGUGAGACCAUCGUCCAAAGCAUUGGGAGGAAUUCACACUCGAGGCACACGCGAUCGCAUUCAAUCACAGGGGAAGUAGCAGUCAAUCAAAUCGAUUCAUCCAGGUGCUCUGUUCUUGGGGGUCUUGAUUUUGCUAGAGCUCUUCUAGAUUCAGCAUUGGGCGCGUUCUAGCGGCUACAAUGGGCAGGAUAGUGCGAUCACCCAUGGCAGCGGGGAAGAGAUACAAGGGAGUGAGGAUGAGGAGCUGGGGGAAAUGGGUCACAGAGAUUAGGGAGCCCAAGAAGCGAUCGCGCAUUUGGCUGGGAUCAUACGCCACAGCGGAGGUCGCCGCCAGGGCCUACGACGCCGCGCUCAUGUGUCUGCGCGGCCCCUCGGCGCAAUUCAACUUCCCAGACGCUGUUCCAGCGGAUCUUCCAUACAAUCCUCAGUGCUCUCCGGCGUUCGUCCAGAAGGCGGCGGCGGCGGCGGCGGCCCAAGCGGCGGCGGCGCUGGGAUCCAGCGGCAGCUCCUCGGAUCACGAGGAAGUCUCCAAUUCCUCCUCGUCGGUCCCUUCCUUCGAGACGUGCUCGCCCUCCACCUCGUCCUGCGGGAACGUUUCCUCCUCUUUCUCCUCCGACGAGGAGGUGAGCAACGCAAAGGAGGAACAGGAAAGCGGGAAAUCGGAGAUCCAGCAGCAGGGGUCACUCGCAUUCGACGAUCUCAAGGCGAUUCUCGAGUUCCCGGUGAAUCUCUCGGAGCUGGAUGGAGCAAUCUUCCAGGGAUUGAACGAGGAGAGUGGAUUGCUGCUCCAGGGGACCAACACCGGCGUUAAUCUGGACGAUGGGUUGUGGAUUUGGCAGUAGAGCCCGUAUCGAUCGGUUUCUUCUUCGUUUUUGCAUCUUCGUCUUUUUGAUCGCGAGACAAAUGUACAUUGUAGAUACGAUUUAGUGUCCACCAAUUUGUGGCGAAUUAUAUAAACCUUCCUAAAUUUCGGAUUA